GGGGGUAGGUGGAGUUUCCCGUCUCUCUUGCUCCCAGACCUGAGUUUGGGUCACAGCGGUUGGGUGUUGCCUCUCUCUGGUCUCCUGCUGGUACCCCGACACUCCUCCGACUGAACCUGCAUAUUUACAACGUUUUCCAAACCAUCCCCAAUGGAUCAGCACAAGCUGCGCUCGGCAGGCGUCCAGGAGAAGCUGGAGAUCGUUGGGGUGGAGGACGAGGCCGGCAACCCCAUCAGCGCCCUCACCAUCCUGUCUCUGCUGGAGCGCGUGGCCGGCAUCAUCGACAACGUCCAGUCCUGCCAGCAGCGCAUGGAGGAGCGCCAGCUGGAGCUGGAGAACAACAUCAAGACCAUCCAGGGCGACGUCCUGAAGCUGGCCAAAGACCACAGUGACACCAGCGGCACCGUGGAGAAGCUCCUGCAGAAGACCCGCAAGGUGAGCGCCAACGUCAAGGAGGUCCGCACGCGCGUCGAGAAGCAGAACAUCCGAGUCAAGAAGGUGGAAACGACGCAGGACGAGCUGCUGACGCGCAACAAGUUCAGAGUGGUCAUCUACCAGGGUGAGACGGAGGUCCCAUCCGUGGCUGUCACCAAAUCUCCCAAAGGUCUUGGACUGGAAGGCCUGGACAUUGAGCCCGAUGCCUACGACAUCCCCGCCGACCUCUCCUCCGACGAAGAGUACCUGAGAGACGAGGAGCCGGACCCGUCUCGAGCCGCUCGACUCAAGAAGUCCAUGGUGAAGAGCACGGAGACCCUGAAGGCCGCCUUCUCCAAGGAGAACAUGAGCAAAACCAAAGACAACCUGGGCACCAAGAUCCACAACCUGGGCGAGAAGGUGAUGCCGCCGGAGAGGAGGGAGAAGAUGCAGCAGGCGGGGGAACGGCUGAAGCAGUCCGGCGAGCGACUGAAGGAGAACAUCGCCAAGAAAGCUCCCACCAAAGAGACCUUCCGCAUCAAGCUGAAGAAAGAGCGGGCCGUCGCCGAGGGCCAGGAGGGAGCCGAGGGAGAGGGCGAGCCGGCCAAGGAGGAGAAGCCGGAGAGCGCCGCGGAAACAAAGAGGGAGGGUCCGGUGGAUCAGGCCGGCGCCACCCGGGUGUCAGAAUAACGUCCUGAGAACCAGGAACUGGUCUGAGAUGUUAGAUGAUUGUCUCAAUUUAUAAAUUUACUGCGCUCUAAAUCUUGACAAUUAUUGAUAAAAUCUGUGAAAUGAAGCCAUUGUAUUUAUGUAAAGGGUGAGACGUGAUGAGGUUGUGGAGCAUGAGAGUCCGGACGGGUCGGAGAGCCGAUGGAGGGGAGGAAGAUGACAGGAAGGAUUCUGAAUGUUGACACUAAAUGUACAUAUAAUCCUGUACAAACUUCCAGUUUCAGGUGAAAUUGUCUUCAGCUGGUCUGACGUCAGGCUGGUUUCUGUCUGAGCUCAGAGCAACAACCGGCAGAAGAAACUGAGAUUUAACUAGAAGCUGAAUGUUCCUUCAGACCCCUGAAUGCCACACAGGUUAGUUUUAUUUAAGAUUAGGAAAGUUCAGGAUUCUGACAUCAAAACUGUUUUUAAAGCAACAAAACCAACAUUUCUGCACGUUUCCUCCACAUCUGGCCUGAGAAACGGAGAAAUCUGCCGUUUUAUGGAGAGUUUUUAUAAGCAGUGGCCUCCAGCAGGAUGUAAUCACUCCUACAUGACUUCAAACCUUUGCUGCUUUUUCUGACCAGCACACAGUUAAUUCACCUGAGACCAUUUCUGAGGUCGCUGCUUUGAUUGGACUUUAAACUUUCUGCUCUUCAAUCAUCAGAGAAUCUGAAUUCAUCCAGUAGAAAUGUGGCUUUUAAAGGAAAUUCAUUAGUUUGCUUUAGCAGCACAUCUUUCUGUGUCAGACUGUUUUAUUAUUUUUGUAUUGCUGCUCUUCAUUUACUGCAGUAGAGUAACUUAUUUAGGUUUAUUUUGGGCAUUUUGAUCAUAUUUCAGGUCUGAAAUCCUUUUUUUUUUUUACAGUUACUCAGAAAAUCCUAAAUGCUGAAACAGGAAUAAAAACCACAAACUGUCAGUUUCUCUUCUGUAAUGUUUGUGGUUUGACUUGUAUAACAAAACCUGGAUCAACAAAUAAAACAUUUCUUACGGUAACAGUU